UUAACCGUGUUUUUAUCUUAAAUACCGACUUCAGGAUAAUUCCUCUGAAUUUCGGACACCGUGGGCAGCAAUCCCGGGACAGUCCUGUCCUCUUCCCUCUCUCUCAGCCCCACGAUCCGUACACGGGCCCCGGGGAGCUUCUGGCUGAUGAGGGAAUGGGAACCGAUGGAUCUCUCAGACAGAGCUGAGCUCCAGCUAUCUAAAUGCAAGGAUUAGGAACUCGGAGAAAGGGAACACAAUCUUUUACAUCAGCAGUUGAGAAAAUCACCUUUGUUCUACCUCCAAUCACUAACAAGAGAAAAUCUGCAGAUGCUGGAAUUCCAAGCAACACACACAAAAUGCCGGUGGAACUCAGCAUUAGUACUCUUUUCCGUAGAUGCUGCCUGGCCUGCUGAGCUCCUCCAGUAUUUUGUGUGUGUUGCUUCCUCUACCUCCUCUUGCUCUGGACUUUUCUACCGGUUAAAAAUGAGAAGGAAUUCGUCUCCAGGAAGCUCAAGCACGGCACAACAGUUUUGUUGUCUCUGUCUAGAUAUUUAAGAAGUGGAGCAAGGAUCCAAUUGACCAUCCUUCCUGCUCAGACUGUGGGGAGGGAUUCUCUCGGUCAUCUGACCAACUCGCAAGCCCGUCACUUUACACAGGAGAAAGGCCUUUCACCUGCUCAGACAGUGGGAAUGGAUUCACUCGGUUAUCACAAUUGAAGGUACAUCAGCAAGUUCACACUGGGCAAGGCCAUUCACCUGUUCUGUGUGUGAGAAAAGGUUUAGUUGGUCAUCCCACCUGUGGACACACCAAUCAGUUCACACCACACUGGGCAGAGGCUGGUCAUCUGCUGAAUUUCUGGGAAAGGAUUCACUCAGUCAUCUGACCUAAUGGCUCACCAGCCACUUCACACUGGGGAGAAGCCAUUCACCUGCUCAGAGUGUGGGAAGGGAUUCACUCAGUCAUCCCACCUACGGAGUCACCAGCAAGUUCACACCGGGGAGAAGCCGUUCACCUGCUCAGUCUGUGGGAAGGGAUUCACUCAGUUAGCUAACCUACAGAAACACCUGCGAGUUCACACUGGGGAGAAGCCAUUCACCUGCUCAGAGUGUGGGAAGGGAUUCACUCAGUCAUCCCACCUACGGAGUCACCAGCAAGUUCACACCGGGGAGAAGCCGUUCACCUGCUCAGUCUGUGGGAAGGGAUUCACUCAGUUAGCUAACCUACAGAAUCACCUGCGAGUUCACACUGGGGAGAGGCCAUUCACUUGCUCAGUCUGUGGGAAGGAAUUCACUCAUUUAUCCAGCCUACAGAGACAUCAGCAAGUUCACAGUGGGGAGAGGCCGUUCACCUGCUCAGUCUGUGGGAAGAGAUUCACUAAUUUAUCCAGCCUACAGAGACAUCAGCGAGUUCUCAGUGGAGAGAGGCCGUUCACCUGCUCAGAAUGUGGGAAGGGAUUCACUCAGUCAUCCCACCUACAGAGUCACCAGCGAGUUCACACCGGGGAGAAGCCGUUCACCUGCUCAGUCUGUGGGAAGGGAUUCACUCAGUCAUCCCACCUACAGAAUCACCUGCGAGUUCACACUGGGGAGAGGCCAUUCACUUGCUCAGUCUGUGGGAAGGAAUUCACUCAUUUAUCCAGCCUACAGAGACAUCAGCGAGUUCACACUAGGGAGAGGCCAUUCACCUGCUCAGUCUGUGGGAAAGGAUUCACUCUGUCAUCUACCCUACUGGUACAUCAGCGAGUUCACACUGGGGAGAGGCCGUUCACCUGCUCAGUCUGUGGGAAGGGGUUCACUCACUCUUACAACCUACAGAGACACCAGCGAGUUCACACUGGGGAGAGGCCAUUCACCUGCUCAGAAUGUGGGAGGAGAUUUGCUGACUCUUCCACCCUGCAGAGACACCAGCGAGUUCACACUGGGGAGAAGCUUUUCACCUGCUCAGAAUGUGGGAAAGGAUUCACUCUGUCAUCUAACCUACUGGUACAUCAGCGAGUUCACACUGGGGAGAGGCCGUUCACCUGCUCAGUCUGUGGGAAGAGAUUCACUCAUUUAUCCAGCCUACAGAGACAUCAGCGAGUUCACACUAGAGAGAGGCCGUUCACCUGCUGAGAAUGUGGGAAAGGAUUCACACAGUCAUCCCACCUACUGGCACACCUCUCAGCUCACAAUGGGGAGUGGCCAUUGUUAUGCAUCCCUAGGUUUUGUUUGCUGUGGACUUUCAUUUUAAGAGAGAGAGAGGGAGAGAUUAAAAAGACAAAUCAGUCCAAUUUGCAGCUUGUUUACAUCGUGUGCAGCUUGUUUAGUUUUAACCAAGGACACAGACACUCAGAGACAGACAGAGACAAAGGAGGAAAAAUGGAAAGGUCGAAACCAGGGAACUAGUGGCCAAGGGUCACUGUUUGGAACUUUCCUUUGCCCACAAGGGUGGAUUCACCUUACAUCGAAUGUGUGGUUGUCACCUCAUUUGAUCCAUAGGAGUGGAUCUGAUUUGGGAUAUCCUGUGGAGACCACUUAUGUGUUACCCUUGCCUGGCUGUGGUGUGGUAGUUCACUUGAAGAUGAUACCCCUUAUGACAAGUCACUUCGGAUGAUAAUUAGUAUGUGGAUUUGGAAGGAUGACAGAUAAAAUCUACGGUGACUGUUGGUCUCGUUUUACCACCAUGAAACCUGUGGAAUACAACAUAAUUGCCUUCUCUCAACAUUUACCCUGGAUUACAAAUAUCUCUCUCUCAUCACCUAUUCUGUAGUUGAACUGAACUUUCAUACUUUACCAUCUCAAAACUCCAAGCCUUGUUUCCCCUGAGCUCAAUAGUUUGGGAGAUUUAUUUCUACAGAUUUAUACACAUAACACUCAUGAGGAAAUCUGCAGAUGCUGGAAAUUCAAACAACACACACAAAAUGCUGGUGGAACCAGCAAGCCAGGCAGCAUCUAUAAGGAGAAGAAAUGUCAACGUUUCAAGCUGAGACCCUUCAUCAGGACUAACUGAAAGGAAAGAUACUAAGAGAUUUGAAAGUAGUGGGGGGAGGGUGAAAUGCAAAAUGAUAGGAGAAGUCUGGAGGUGGUGGGAUGAAGCUAAGAGCUGGAAAGGUGAUUGGCAAAAGUGAUACAGAGCUGGAGAUGGGAAAGGAUAAUUGGACAGGAGGCCUCGGGAGAAAGUAAGGUGCGGGGGAAGCACCAAAGAGACAUGGAAAACAGGCAAACAAUUAAAUAUGUCAGUGAUGGGGUAAGAAGUGGAAGAGGGGCAUUAACAGAAGUUAGAGAAGUCAAUGUUCAUCCCAUCAGGUUGGAGGCUACCCAGCCGGUAUAUAAGGUGUUGUUCCUCCAACCUGAGUUUGGAUUAAUUUUGACAGUAGAGGAGGCCAUGGAUAGACAUAUCAGAAUGGGAAUGGGAUGUGGAAAUAAAAUGUGUGGCCACUGGGAGUAGUCUGUUGCUGCUGGUUCGUUUCUAAAGCGUUAUGGUUUGUAACAAAAUGGGGCCUGCGUCUGGGAUAUGAACAAAUUUAAGGAUUGAUUUAAUAUCGAUUUCAUUGGAUAAAUCCCUUUUGAUUUAUUUGUGUGUGGAAAAUCAGCAGCAAUGGAUGUUGAUAGAUAUCUGGAAGUGUGAACCUCUCAGGCAUUAGAGGACACCAGAAGGAUUGAGUUAUUGAGUAUUGCUAAAGUGUUAAUACUUGCUAAGGUGAAAUUGACAAUGAGGAGGGCACAGAUGCAGAGGAUAAUAGCUGAACAUUAUGUAUCUGAGGAUGUGUUUAAAGUGGAGGAGUUGGAGGUGUUUCCUGAAAGUAAACCUAGUGAGCUUGAGCUCCAGUGCAAGUUAGAAAAAUUAAAGAUGGAGGCAGAGGCAAUUUCAGGCUGGAGAGACAGAAAAGCAGUAAGAAAAUUCUCUUACAAAGUGUAAUUAAGGGGAAGGCUUAGCAAGCCUAUUCUGCUUUGACAGUAGCUGAAGCAGCUGAUUAUUUACUUAUUUAUGCUGACCCAGUCAUCGCCACUGGGCUAUAAAUGUGCAGGAGCAGUGUGUGGUUCAGUGCUUUGCUCAAGGACACACACGUUGCCUCGGCUGAGGCUCGAACUCAGAACUUUCAGAUCGCUAGUUCAACACCUUAACCACAUGGUCACACACCACACAUUAUGACCUAGUGAAACAGGCUGUGCUGAAAGCUUACGAGUUGGUCCCAGAAGCAGACAGGCAAAAGUUUAGAAAUCUGUGAACCAGACAUACAGAAUUUGCUUAUGAGAAAUUUGUGUCUUUUGACCACUGGUGCACAUCUGAACAUGUAAAUGAUGAUUUUUACAGCUUGAAAGAGUUGGUUUUAAUUGAAGAAUUCAGAAGGUGUGUCCCUGAUGACAGAAAGAUGUAUUUAGAUGGAAAUGAUGCUGCCACUAUGCAGGAAUCUGCUGGAUUAGCAGAUCAGUUUGCUUUAACUCAUAAAGUUAUGUUUACCCUGAAUAAGAGUUUCCAAAAGGUACUUGUCAAGAUUUGGGUAAACCUAAUGAGCUCACCCCAGUGGCCUAUACCUGCAUUCGGUGAACCCUUUUUCGAAAGUUAUAGUGGAUUGUGUUGGCCCAUUGCCAAAGACCAAAGUAUCUGCUAACUAUUCUGUGUACUGCAACCAGAUUCCCAGAGGCAAUGCCUCUCAGAAAUAUUAAAGCUAAAACUGUGGCGAGGGCUCUUACCAAGAUUUUCACAUUAUUCGAUUUGUCUAAAGAAAUCCAGUCUGCUCAAGGAUGUAAUUUUACAUCUGGAUUAUUCCAACAGGUAGUUUCUGAACUGGGAGCAAAACAAAUUGCAUCAUCUGCGUACCAUACAGAAUCACAAGGGGCUUUAGAAAGAUUUCAUUCUACCCUCAAAACAAUGAUUAAGACAUACUGUGUUGAAAAUGGAAAAGACUGGAAUGAAGGAAUACAUUUGCUUUUGUCCACAGAAAGAGAGUCAGUACAGGAAUCACUGGGCUUUACUCCAUUUGAAAUUGUAUUUGGUCGCAGAAUGACCUUUGACCUUGUUAAAAGAAACAGUGGAUUGAUGGGAAUGUACAUGUUAACUCGUUAGACUAUGUUUUGAUCUUCAAAAAUAAACUACACAAAACCUGUAGUCCAGUGAGACAAAACUUAAAAAUUUCUCAAAACAAAAUGAAGUGUUGGUUUGAUAACAGGGCUCGAGAAAGAAAAUACCAGGUGGGAGAUAAGGUGCUUGCCUUAUGUUGACGAAUCCACUUCAGGCGAAAUUCAAUAGACCGUAUGAGAUAGUCUCUCAAAUUAAUGAUGUGAAUUAUGUAAUUAAAACACCCGACUGACGUAAACUAACACAGGUGGUACACAUAAAUAUGAUAAAACCUUUUUUGAACAAGUAGGUACCAUCUGUGUGUGUUGUUGUCAAAACAAAUGAAACUGGCAACCCUGAGAAUGAAACAAUUGACUGGUCUGAGACUUUUAUCAAGCCAAACAUGGUCCCAGUUAGGUUAAUGAACUCGGUUGUUCCAGAAAACAUUGCUAACAGGUUGUCUCAUCUGCAGCCAAAGCAACAACAACAGCUGAAGGAAUUAUUUUUGAAGUUUAAAGAUUUAUUUCCCUUUGUUCCCAAGCAAACCACGGUCGUAGUACAUGAUGUAGAUGUUGGUCAAGCUAAACUGAUUAAACAACACCCAAAUUGCAUGAACGUAGAAAAGUGUAAAUUGGCUGACCAGGGAAUUGAGUAUGUGCUGGAGAAUGGUAUUAUUAGGCCUUCAAAAUGAGAUUGGAGUCACCCUGCAUUAUUGUGCCCAAACCUGAUGGUAGUGUUAGAUUUUGCACUGAUUAUAGAAAGGUAAAUGCAGUAACAAAAACAGAUACCUAUCCUAUCCCUAGAGUGGAUGAUUGCAUCGAUAAGGCUGGAAAAGCUAAUUUCUUACAACGAUUGAUCUGUUGAAAGGGUAUUGGGGUGUGUUCCAUUGAUGGACAGAGGUAGAGAAAUUUCUGCAUUUGUGACACCAUCUGGGUUGUAUGAAUACAAUGUUUUGCCUUUUGGAAGGAAAAAUGCUCCAGGAGCAUCCCAGAGAAUGAUUGAUUUUGUAAUUCGAGGGUGAGAACACACAGAUACCUAUAUUGAUGACUUAGCUACAGGGAGUGGCACUUGGGAAGAGCAUAUCUCUGCAGUAGAAAAGCUAUUUGACAGGCUUUCCCAGGCCAGCCUUACAGUUUACUUGGCUAAGAGUGAAUAUGGCCAUGCCAGUAUGACCUGUCUUGGCUAUGUUGUAGGUCAAAGCAAGUUGGCUCCUGUUCUGGCAAAACUCCCAGCAAUUUCUCAAGUUCCUAUUCUGACUGCUAAGAAGGCUCUUAGAAGGUUUCUGGGAAUGGAUGGAUAUUAUCGUAAGAACUCUGCUGCUAUCACUCUUCCUCUGACCAAUCUCCUGAAGAAGCGUGAAAAGUUUGUUUGGACCGAGCCCUGUCAGGAUGCAUUUGAUCGAUUGUUAUCAGUAUUUGAGAUUAGGCCAAUCAAUGUAGUGCUGUCAGCAAAUUUAAUUAGCAGAUUGGAGCUGUGGGUGGCAACACAAGUCAUGGGUGCACAGAGAGGAAAAGACAGGGCCAAAGUGACAACCCUGUGGGGUAUGUGUGCUGAGGGUCAGAGAGACAGAGGAGAUGGAGCCCACUCUUACUUCCUGCUGGUGAUCUGACAGGAAGUCCAGGAUCCAGCUACACAAGGCAGGGUGACGGCCAAGGUCUCUGAGCUCCAUGUCGAUUCUUCGCGCCUUUGUCUGACUACUGCUCUGCCCAUGACUGCAAGGAACUUCAGAGAACUUUGGAGAGCAGAGAACAUCAGAGAAACAAGUCUCCACUCCAUGGACUCUUCCUACACUUCCCCUCCCUUGGAAAAGCAGGCCAUUUACUCAAAUAACCUCAUAACCUGGACAUUCUUGCUGCAAACCCACUCCCCCAUCGGGGAAGAGAUACAAAAGCCUUAACGUGCGUAACACCAAGCUGAAGUAUGCCUUCCUGUCUACAGCUAUAGGCCAAAUGAGUGAUAAAAUGGACUCGACCUCACAAUGUAACUCGACGUGACCCUGCACCAUAUGUCUACCUGCACUGCACUUUCUCUGCAGCCACAAUGCUUUCUUACAGUGAUUAUUUUGUUGUAUAUCAGCUCAAUGUACUGUUGUAAUGUAUCCAUCUGCGUGGAUGGUACAUCAGGCAAGAUUUUCACUGUAGCUCAGUACAUGAUGAUAAUAAACAAAUUUCCCAUUUUAAUUGUGUGGAAAUAUUAGACAGACUGAGCUUCUGCUCUGGAAGCUCAGAAGGAAACUGAACUGUUGUCAUUUCUGUGGAAAGCAAAUAU